UCAGCUUCCUUAACCACACUAUAUAACGAAACCCUUCAUUGAAAAAGUACUCGAGGUUAUUAGAAUUUAGAAGCUCAAACUUGUUAUACAAAAGAAGCCUCACAUGGGUUCAAAAUUUAUUCUUGGAACUACAUUCUUUUUGUUCUUGAUAUCAUUUUCCAUAAAAGCCAGAGCUGCAGAUUUUGAUAUCAACAAGUAUGGAGCCAAGGCUGACGGCAAGACAGAUGAUAGCCGGGCUAUUAAUAGUGCUUGGAAAGAAGCAUGCGCAUCCACAACUCCGAGCACGGUUGUGAUAGCAAAAGGAAACUACUUGGCUGGUCCAGUGAAGUUUCAAGGGCCCUGCAAAGCACCGGUUAGCAUUCGGGUUGAAGGAACCCUGCAGGCUCCGGCAGAGCCAGAAAAGCUCAAGUCACAAGAUGGUUGGGUUGUUUUCCGAAAUAUUGAUGGGUUAACAGUCUCAGGAGGUGGCACUUUUGAUGGCCAAGGAUCAAUAGCUUGGUCCAAAAAUGAUUGUGCCAAAACUGGAAAAUGCAACUCACUCCCUAUAAACAUAAGAUUCACAGGGCUUACCAAUUCACACAUUCAAAACAUAACAUCUUUGAACAGCAAGCUGUUCCACAUAAACGUCUUGAACUGCAAAAACGUGACACUUCAACAUGUGAUCAUCACCGCCCCUGGUGAAAGCCUAAACACAGAUGGAAUCCACAUUGGCCGGUCAUCGAACAUCAACAUCACCGGCGCAGAGAUCAAAACCGGCGAUGAUUGCGUCUCUCUUGGCGAUGGAAGCCAGCAAAUAAACAUUGAAAAGGUGAAGUGCGGGCCGGGCCACGGUAUCAGCAUUGGGAGCCUAGGCAGGUACCAUGAUGAACAACCUGUCACAGGAGUCACAGUGAGAAACUGCACCAUAUCAAACACUUCAAAUGGCGUGAGGGUCAAGACAUGGCCAGCUUCUCCAAACGGUGUGGCCUCAGAUUUGCACUUUGAGGACAUAAUUAUGGAAAAUGUGAAGACCUCCCCUGUUCUUAUAGACCAAGAAUACUGUCCAAAUGGCCAAUGCCAAGCAAAAAUCCCGUCGAAAGUUAAGAUCAGCAAUGUGAGCUUCAAGAACAUUAGGGGCACUUCUGCUGAUCCUGUUGUUGUGAAGCUUGCUUGUAGCAAAGGCAUUCCUUGCCAGAAUGUGCAAAUUAGUGACAUCCAUUUGACAUACAAUGGGAAAAAUGGUGCUGCCACAUCUGUAUGUACUAACGUCAAGCCCACUAUGACUGGCCAAAUUUUUCCACCUGCUUGUGCAAAGACUGCAGCUUAAUUUGCUGCAGCUUUAAGGUGAUUUAAUUGCAUCUUAAAGAGAUGAUUAAAAGAAAUUAGUAGGAAUUUAGAUGAAACUAAUCUGCAGGGCGCCCCUUCCAUGCUCAAUUGGAAUGGUGGGUGGUGGACUACACGCAACAGUAUAGAUGUUAUCUUCUGUAUACAUGUAUUAUGGAUUUAGAUUAAUGUACUAUUGUUA